ACAGAUCUUCAUGCCAGUACACGAACUACUUACCAUAAAACACGCUUUGGCUCGUUCGGGACGAAAUGCAACAAUUGCCUAUCUAUUGAUAAAAUUCCUUUAUCUGGCAAAUAUAGUUUUGCAAUUAAUUGGACUAAAUCGUUUUCUCGGUGGAAAAUUUUCUUUUUGGGCUUAUGAAACGAUAACCAGUGUUGCAACUGGGAAGCAGUGGGAAGGUUCGCCUGUAUUUCCUCGAGUAAUUAUGUGCGAUUUUCAGAUUCGCCGACUUGGUAAUUUACAAAGUCAUACGGUGCAAUGUGUUAUUAUGAUGAAUAUGAUUCACGAAAAAUUGUACCUCUUCCUGUGGUUUUGGUUCAUUUUUGUUGGAAUUUGUACCUUAAUUAAUUUCCUUUAUUAUUUGCUUGUAAUGAAUAUACCAAAGCUUCGAGCCAACGUUGUCCUAUGGCUCAUGAAUUGGCAAAAGGCCGAGCGAUUUAUUCACAAAUUUCUUUACUCUGAUGGUAUUUUAAUGCUAAAACUUCUGCAAGAGCAUGUCAAUAGUAAAAUUACAAAGGAACUUGUCAAUGAAAUCUUCAACAUUUAUGCAUUGAAGGUAUUUAUAUUUAUUGUUUUAAUAUAG